UCUUCCUGCAAUCAUUUCGUGGUAUGGCCACUUCUGUGGAAUAAUCGAGCAGAGGUCUGUUUCUGGGAAAUAUCUCUGUGCAGAACAAUGGCGACUUCGGCGAUCAAAAGCGACAGUGUUUUCAAGAACUAUGCAAUUCUGAUUCUGGUAUGUACACCGAAUUUGGUUUUUGGGCAUAUUCGCUUUGCCAUUAGCGAAGAAUUGGAGAGUGGGGCUUUUGUCGGGAAUAUCGCUCAGGAUUUAGGUUUGAGUGUACCGCAAUUGGCCGGUAGUAAAUUUGCACUAACCUCCGAAGACGGUGGACAAUAUAUGGAGCUUAAUUUGGAGAAUGGAAUAUUAUCUGUUCAUGAAAGGAUCGACAGGGAACAUAUAUGUGGACACGCAAAUGUGUGUAUCAUUCCUUUCAAAAUUGUGCUGAAAAAUCCUUUAUCGGUUUAUCGUGGGGAAGUGGAAAUUCUGGAUAUAAAUGAUAAUUCCCCGACCUUCCCCGAGAGUACCGUUGCUUUACAGAUAGCGGAAGCAAUUGCGCCGGGGGUACGUUUCCCUCUCGAGAGUGCGGAAGAUUCAGAUAUUGGAUUAAAUACAGUCGCCGACUACACAAUUAAUUCCAGCGAAUACUUUAGUUUAAGGACACAGAAAACCGAAGGCGAAUUUAUAACUGUCGAAUUAGUCCUAGAGAAAUCUUUAGACAGAGAGUUACAGUCAUCCAUUCGAAUUGUCCUGACAGCGACUGAUGCUGGGACUCCCCGACGCUCUGGCACAGCGGAGAUUUUCAUUACGGUUGUGGACAUCAAUGACAAUCCACCUGUAUUCGACCACAACGUUUACAAGAGCAGCUUAAGUGAAAACGUACCCUUGGGUACCUUCGUGAUAAAAAUCCAGGCUAAUGAUGUGGACGAAGGUUUGAAUGCUGAGCUAACAUAUUCUUUCAGCAAGAUAACUUCACCAAAACUACGCGAGUUGUUCAGUUUAGAUUCCGACACAGGAGAGAUUCGAGUUGAAGGAGAGCUAGAUUUUGAGGAAGAAAGCAGUUAUUAUCUGAAUGUUCAAGCUGUGGACCAUGGAUCACCUCCAUUUAUAGGACGCGCCAAAGUGUUUAUUAACUUGGUUGAUAUAAAUGACAAUGCACCCGAAAUAGAAGUGUCGUCAGCUGUGAGCAGAAUUCCAGAAAAUUCUCCGCCUGGUACUUUAAUAACUUUUUUCAAUGUUUUUGAUCGAGAUUCUGGAGAAAAUGGUGAAGUGAAGUGCGAGAUUCCAAAGAACGUCCCCUUUAGACUUCAAACAUCGUCGAAGAAUCAUUAUGAGUUGAUUACUUGCGAACCAUUGGACCGCGAAGUGGUGUCCGAGUAUAAAAUACCUGUCAUAGCCUGGGACUUGGGUUCACCCUCACUGUCAAGCAAUGCAAUCAUUCAUGUUAUAGUGUCAGAUGUGAAUGAUAAUGCGCCGCAAUUUGCUGAUCCUUCCUACAACGUAUACGUGAUGGAAAACAACGAGCCGGGCGCUUCUGUAUUUGCGGUAUCUGCUUCUGAUCCUGACCUGGACCAGAAUUCUUACGUUUCGUACUCCUUUCUCAACUUUAUGCAAGACUUUCCACUGUCCAGUUCCCUCAGUAUUAACUCCAUGAACGGCACAAUUUACGCGCUGCGCUCCUUUGACUACGAGAAAUUUAAACACUUCCAGAUCCACGUUCAAGCACGUGACGGUGGAGUGCCCCCGCUGAGCAGCACUGCUACAGUGAAUGUGAUCAUUCUAGAUCAGAAUGACAAUGCUCCGGAAAUUGUUACAACUCCGGGACAGGAAGAAUCCGAUUUGAUAGAGAUCCUACCCCUGUCAGCUGGUCCAGGACACUUGGUCGCCAAGAUAUUGGCAACUGACGCAGAUUCUGGACAGAACGCUCGGCUGUCCUAUCAGGUACAGAGAUCUACCGAUCCUAGUUUAUUCAAUGUUGAUAAAAAUUCCGGUGAAGUCCGAACAACUCGCAUUAUUUUAGAGUCUGAUUCCACCACGCAAACUCUGGUCAUCUUGGUGAAAGACAAUGGCCAACCGAGCCUCUCAACCACGGUUAGUAUGCUCAUUACAAUUCUGGAAAAUAUUACUGAAAAGAUUCCUGUAAGUAGCAAUUUAGCGAAGAAUACUGGGCAUUUUCCUAAUCCGAUUACACUUCUGAUCGUAAUCUUCGGUUGCACAUCCGUUCUGUUUCUUUUGAUCAUCAUUCUCCUCAUUGGCAUCAAAUGCAUGCAGAACAGAAAUAUUAACCAAGAGUAUAAUUCUCCCAACUAUUAUAAACGUAGGCAGUUUCAAACUACGUUUAAUCGAAGGUCUACAUUGGAAGAAACUUUGCGCUAUCCUGGAACGUGCCGGAUAGGUCACGAUUCAGCAGGGCAACAUUACUCGGUUUCUCUGUCUCCAGAAUCGAUGAAGAGCGACUUCCUCUUUUUGAAGCCAUGCGCUGCUCCCAAGACUCAAGGGCCCCGGCCGUACAUUACCUGGUACCACCUUGCUGUCUCAGCAAGAAUCUUAAAAGCAGGCAAAAGUGUCCUUGAAGCAAGAAUGGCGAAUUCGGAGCUCGAUAAUGUCAUUGCGUUCUGGAAGAUUGCUUUCAUGAUUCUCGGAUGUAUAACAGGUCGGAUUUACGGACAGAUUCGCUAUACCAUUCCCGAGGAAAUGGAGAUAGGGGAUUUUGUUGGAAAUAUCGCUGCUGAUUUGAUUUUAAAUAUACCACAACUAAAGGCUCGAAAAGCUCGGCUAACGUCUGACAAUGGCGGACAGUACAUGAAGGUAAAUUUAGAUAAUGGGAUUUUGUCCAUUCGUGAAAGAAUGGACAGGGAGCUUCUUUGUGGGACAGUAAGUGUGUGCACUAUUACUUUUGAAAUAAUACUAGAAAAUCCUUUGGCGGUGUACCGCGGGGAUGUGGAGAUUCUUGAUAUAAAUGAUAAUGCCCCCGUAUUCCGGGACAGCAUCAUUGCCUUGCAGAUGUCAGAAGCGGUUACACCCGGAGCACAAUUCCCGCUAGAGAGCGCAGAAGAUCCGGAUGUUGGAUUAAAUACAGUUGUUUCGUACACAAUCAGUUCCAAUGAAUACUUCAGCAUAAAAUCACAGCGAAGUGAGUAUGGAGUUGUAAAUGCCGAGUUACAGCUACAAAACCCAUUAGACAGAGAGCGGAAGUCAGCUUUUCAGCUGAUCCUUACUGCGAUUGAUGGUGGGAUACCAAACAAGUCCGGUACAACUCAAAUCCUCAUUACAGUGGUGGACUUCAACGAUAACCCACCAGUAUUUGAUCGUGAAGUUUAUAAGGGAAACAUAAAGGAAAAUGCCCCCCAAGGUACAUUGGUGCUGGCAGUCAAAGCAACUGAUUUGGACGAAGGCUUGAAUUCUGAGCUAACAUAUUCUUUUAGUAAGUUAACUUCUCCGAAAAUUCGUGAGUUGUUCAGUUUGGAACCGCAUACGGGGGAGAUUUGGGUAGAAGGAGAGCUAGAUUUUGAAGGAGUGAACAGUUAUACCCUGAAUGUCCAAGCUUUGGACCAUGGAUCACCUGCAAUGGGAGGACGCACCACGGUGAUAAUCAAAGUAACUGAUGUAAACGACAACGCACCUGAGGUAACGGUUGGAUCAAUUACCAAAAAAAUUGUGGAAAAUGCUCCACUUGGAACUUUGAUAACGCUUAUCAAGGUAAUUGACCGUGAUUCUGGAGAAAAUGGACGCUUUCACUGUGACACUCCAACGAACGUCCCCUUCACACUUCGAAAGUCAUCAAGUAAUCAUUACGAGUUAAUUACCAAUGGACCUUUGGACCGUGAAGCUGUCGAUGAAUAUAACAUAGCUAUAACAUUUCGAGACUUAGGAACACCCUCACUGUCCACAAAUAAAACCAUCAAUGUUGUAAUUUCAGAUGUGAAUGAUAACGCACCACGGUUUUCUCAGUCAUCCUACAACAUAUAUGUAACGGAGAAUAACUCCCCGGGCUCUUCUCUUUUCGCAGUGACUGCAAAUGAUCCUGAUAUGGGCCAGAAUUCUUAUGUAUCUUAUUCCUUUCUCGGGAAAAUUAAUCAAGAUUUCUUAGUAACCAAUUACCUCAGUAUUAACUCUAUGAAUGGUACAAUUUACACGCUGCGCUCUUUUGACUAUGAGCAACUGAAAACCUACCGCACCUUUGUUGAAGCCUGUGAUGCUGGUGUGCCUAAGCUAAGCAGCACCGCUACGGUGAACAUUAUCAUCCUCGAUCAAAAUGACAACUCACCGGUAAUUGUUUCACCUUCGGCACAGCCUGCAUCAUCAACAGUGGAAUGUGUGCCCCGAGCAGCGGGUAUUGGCUACUUGGUCACCAAAGUAAUAGCAACUGAUGCGGAUUCUGGGCAAAACGCUCGGCUGUCUUAUCAAAUGAGAAAAGCUACCGAUCCCAGUUUGUUUAACAUUGCAAAACAUUCAGGUGAAAUUAGAACAAUGCGCAAAAUUCUGGAGUUUGAUGAAACUUCGCAUACGCUUCUCAUCUUGGUUAUGGACAAUGGAGAGCCAAUUCUCUCCAGCACGGUUACAAUUCAUAUUGCAGUUUUAGAGAAUAUCACUGAAACAGUGACUGAGGCCGGUAACUUAAGGAGCAGUUCUGAACAAUUCACUGAUUUAAAUAUUUAUCUUAUAAUCAUUUUCAGUUGCACUUCUGUUCUCUUUCUUGGGGUUAUCCUUCUACUAAUUGGCUUGAAAUGCAAGCAAAAUACGAGCACCUUCCAAGACUAUAAUUCUUCCGCUUGUGCAGAUUCAAACUAUACGUUUAAUGGAACACCUGCGAUGCAGGAAACUUUACGCUAUCCUGGAACUGGUCGUUUAGUCCGCGUGACAGAUUCACACCAUUACUCUGUGUGUCUGUCUCCAGAAUCAGCUAAGAGUGAAUUUCUCUUUUUGAAACCACGCAGCGGACCGACGUCUCAGGUAGUUCGUUUACGUUCUGUAAACUCGGAAACAUCAAAAUUGCUAAUGGUCCGCAUGGUUUCCAUUGUUAAUUUAUCUCAAAUAUGUUCUUAUAUAACUGAAGGAACAAUGGCGAGUUCGGCGCUGAUCAACAUUACGUUUUGCGGCGUUAUUUUCGCGAUUCUGGGAUGUAUAACCAGUCCUAUUUUAGGACAAAUUCGUUAUUCUAUUCCCGAGGAAACGGAGAGAGGGACCUUUGUUGGAAAUAUCGCAGAAGAUUUGAGAUUACUGUCCGAUCGUAAAUUGCGAUUAACCUCGGAUGAUGGCGGUCAACACAUGAAGGUAAAUUUAAAUAAUGGGAUUUUGUCUUUCCGUGAAAGAAUCGAUGGGGAGGUUCUUUGUGGACAAGCAACGAUGUGUAGAAUUCUUUUUGAAAUAAUACUGGAAAAUCCCAUGGUCGUGUAUCGCGGGGAUGUAGAGAUUCUCGACAUAAAUGAUAAUGCUCCCACUUUCCGAGAGGGCCCCAUUGUCUUACAGAUAGCUGAAAAUAUCGCACGCGGGGUACGCUUUCCUCUCGAGACUGCCGAAGAUUCGGACACUGGAAUAAAUACAGUUGCUGGUUACAAGCUCAGCUCCAACGACUACUUUAAUCUAAAAACGCAGAGAACUGAGUAUGGUGUUGUAAGUGCCGAGUUGCUGUUAGAGAAACCUUUGGAUCGAGAGAUGCAGUCAGCCUUUCAGCUUGUUCUGACGGCAACUGAUGGCGGAAUCCCACAGAGAUCUGGCACAACUGUGAUUCUCAUCAACGUAGUGGAUGUCAACGAUAAUCCACCAGUAUUUGAUCGCGACUUAUACAAGAUCAGCUUAAUGGAGAACUCACCCAAAGGUACAUUGGCUCUGAAAAUCAAGGCAACUGAUAUGGACGAAGGGCCAAAUGCUCAGCUCACAUAUUCUUUCAGCAAGAUGCCAGCACCAAAGCUUCUUGAAUUGUUCAGUUUAAACCCCAGUACUGGUGAGAUUCAGGUUGAAGAACUAGAUUACGAAGAAGCGUCCAGUUAUUCCUUGAAUGUUUAAGCUACAGACCACGGAGCACCUCCAAUAACGGGACACUCCAAAAUUUUCAUCACGGUAAUUGAUGUAAAUGACAACGCACCCGAGAUAAAAGUGACAUCGUUUACAAGCAAAGUUCCAGAAAAUGCUCCACUGGGAACGUUGAUAAUUUUGAUCAAUGUUAUUGAUCGGGAUUCUGGAGAAAAUGGACAGUUUCACUGUGGCAUCCCAAAGAAUGUCCCUUUUAAACUUAGAACAUCAUCGAAAAACCAUUAUGAGUUGAUUACCAGUGGACCGUUAGACUGUGAAAUUGUCGCUGAGUAUAAAAUAACCUUUGUAGCUCGGGAUUUAGGAUCGCCUUCCCUGACAACAAAUAAAACUAUCCGGGUUUUAAUUUCAGACGUGAAUGAUAACGCCCCACGGUUUGAUACAUCGUCCUACAAUAUCUAUGUGAUGGAGACUAAUACUCCAGGUAGUUCCAUUUUCGAGGUAACGGCAAAGGAUUAUGACAUGGAUGAGAAUUCCCAUGUAUCGUACUGCUUUCUGGAGGACCUUAACCAGGCCUCUCCAUUUUCCAGUUACCUCAGCAUAAACUCGAUGAAUGGCACUAUUUACGCGUUGCACUCUCUUGACUAUGAAGAACUUAAACAUUUCCAGCUGCAUGUUCAAGCCCGUGACGCUGGAGUGCCCCCACUGAGCAGCACCGCUGCAGUGAAUGUGAUCAUCCUGGAUCAAAAUGAUAACGCACCAACGAUUGUUUCGCCCUUAGCACAGAGUGGAUCAGCAGCCGUAGAGACUCUGCCUCAUUCAGCGGCCCAGGGCUACUUGGUGACUCAGAUAGUGGCAACUGAUGCGGAUUCUGGUCAGAAUGCACGCCUCUCCUAUCAGUUAAUAAAAGCUACCGAUUCCACGUUGUUUAACAUUGGACCAUAUUCUGGCGAAAUCAGAACAGCGCGCAACAUUUCGCAGUCCGAUGCUACCACACACACUCUCACCUUCUUGGUAAAGGACAAUGGACAGCCAAGCCUCUCCAAUACGGUUACAAUGCACAUUAAUGAUUUGGAGAAUAUCACUGAAAAAGUGACUGAUUCUGGUAACUUACCGAGAAACAACAAAUAUUUCACCGAUUUCAACAUGUAUUUAAUAAUCAUUUUUGGUUUCACUUCCGGUCUCUUUCUUGUGAUUAUCCUUCUGCUAAUUGGCCUAAAAUGCAAGCAAGACAGGCGUGUCUCCCAAACAUAUUAUUCUUCCGGUUGUGGAGUGUUACGUAUUCAGUCAACCAGCUUCCUUAACAACCACUUGCGCUCCAUGUAUCUUCGUGUCACCUACGAACAUAGCAACAAAGCCAUCACUCCCUCAUACAAAUCACUGAAAUAUAACGCGAAGCAUGGAAAUUCAAACGAUAAUUUCAAUCGUACACCAACAAUGGAGGAAAACUUACUCUACCCUGGGACUGGCCGCAUGAUUCGCGUGCCGGAAUCAUACCGUUACACGGAUCUUGUAGUAAAUGGAAGUUUUGUGUUCUUGCUGCCGGAUGCUGACGUGCUGCAAGACCCAGAGUCUCCCAGGGAACUAGAUCUACCUGGUGGAUCUGGCUGCAGCUCUUUGAAGACCGUAUUCGGGAUCGGCAGCAGCAGCUGGGUGACCUUCGUCUUCUACGGGACAGAUUUUGUUGGGAAGUUCCAGUUCACUUACUGCUACAUUUUAGCUUGGAUUAUAAAGAUCAGUCCCAUACUCUACUCCCUCUUCACUUACGACGGUGCCCCUGGAUUUGACACCAUCAUCAUCGUUAAAGUCGCAGACGACACAACAGUGAUCGGGUUGAUCUCCAAAAGAGACGAAUCAGCGUACAGAGCGGAUGAACAGAACUUAGUGAGCUGGUGCUCAGAGAACAACCUGUCUCUUAAUACAGCAAAGAUUAAGGAGCUAUUUAUCAAUUUUGGAAAGUCACGGGAUGACGAGUAUGCUCCAGUCUACAUUAACAGAUACAUAGUGGAGAGAGGGUCCAGUUUCAGAUUCCUGGGAAUAUACAUCUCGAAAGACCUUACAUGGUCCACUAACACCACAGCAAUAGUUAAGAAAACACAGCAACCUAGAGAAGCGAUGGCGAGAUUGCGAGGAGGAAGCAGGAUUUAUGUUUUCCUAUCUUGUGUAUCGUACCUGGUCUCAGGACAAAUUCACUACACGAUUCCAGAGGAACUGGAGUACGGGGCAUUUGUCGGAAAUAUCGUUACAGAUCUAAUGCUAAAUAUCUGGGAGUUAUCCACGCGUAAUCUGCGGCUGGUGUCUGAAGAUAUAAAACAGUACAUAGAGUUAAAUCGACAAGAUGGUGGUUUAUUUGUCAACGGACGGAUCGACAGAGAACAGUUAUGUCGGCAAAGCACAAUUUGUUCCCUUUCUCUACAAAUAGCACUCGAUAAUCCGCUGGAAAUACAUCACGUUGUGGUGGAAAUACAAGACGUAAAUGACAAUUCGCCCAGCUUUUCAAAAGAUGAAUUUUCACUUGAGAUUAGCGAAUCAAUUGCACCAGGGACACACUUCCCCGUCGAAAGUGCGCGAGACCCGGACGUGGGUAUAAAUACAAUCAGCAAUUACCACGUUAGCUCAAACGAGCACUUUGGCCUCAAGGUACAGAUCAGAAGCGAUGGGAGUAAAAGUGCCGAGUUAUUAUUAGAAAAGGCUUUGGACCGCGAACAGCAGUCUACUUUUCAGCUGAUACUGACAGCAGUUGACGGGGGUACUCCACACAGAUCUGGUACUGCACAAAUUAUUAUUUCAGUACUGGACAGCAACGACAAUGCUCCUGCAUUUGAUAGCGAACUGUACAGAGCCACUGUGCUUGAAAAUGCGCCUAAAGGCGCAUUAGUGAUUCAAAUCAACGCUGUUGAUAAGGAUAAAGGCAGCAAUGGUGAGUUGACUUAUUCUUUCACCAGACACGUUUCUAAAGAGAAUCGCGAAUUAUUCCAAUUGGACCCAUUAACUGGAGAGAUCCGAGUUCAAGGCGUUUUGGAUUUUGAAGAGUCAAGUGUUUAUGAACUUGAUGUGGAAGCAGUUGAUCGUGCUCCACCAGGUCUUGCAGGACAUGCCAAAGUAAUAGUCGGAUUAAUUGAUGUUAAUGAUAAUGCACCCAAGGUUGAGGUGUCCUCUGUAUCCAGUGCUAUCCCAGAAGAUGCACCACCAGGUACUGUGAUUGCUCUCAUCAGUGUCAGUGACGUUGACUCGGAAGUAAAUGGUCAACUUCAGUGUCAGAUUCCUGAUAAUGUUUCAUUUAAACUUCAACCAUCUUCACAGAAUAAUUACAAACUGGUUACCCGCGAUUUCCUCGACCGGGAAGCAGCUCCAGUACACGAUGUUUCUAUUUCAGCCUGGGACGGUGGGUCGCCUCCUCUCUCGACAUAUACGUCCAUCAGGAUUGCUGUUUCUGACAUAAAUGACAAUGCACCGGUAUUCAAACAUUCGUUAUAUAAUAUAUAUCUAACAGAGAACAACGCCCCCGGUGCUUCCAUAUUCAGGGUAACUGCUGCAGACUCUGAUCAGGACCAGAAUAGUGAUGUGACCUAUUCUAUUUUGGAAAAUGGCACAGAAGGAGGCCCUGGAUACAUUACAAUUAACUCUAAAAAUGGAGAUAUUUAUUCACUUCGCUCAUUUGAUUAUGAACAACUUAAACAGUUCCAGGUGAAGCUUCAAGCCAGGGAUGCUGGAACACCUUCUCUCAGUAGUAGUGCCGUUUUGAAUGUUAUCAUUCUGGACCAAAACGACAAUGAGCCUAUUAUUGUUUCACCUUUGCUUUGGAACAGUUCAGCGAUUGUGGAGAUGGAAUCUCAACAAUUGUAUCCUGGCCACCUGAUUACGAAGAUAAUUGCCAUGGACGCUGACUCUGGGCAGAAUGGGCGGCUUUCGUAUCAAAUGUUAGAGGCUACUAAUCCACAAUUGUUUAAUGUGGAUUCUCUGUCUGGAGAAAUCAGAACAACUGGAAGCUUUGGGAGCCAAGAUCUCGUCGCAGAAAAGCUGGUUUUAUCCGUAAAGGACAAUGGACAGCCACGACUCUCCAGUACUGUCACAAUCUCCUUUUCAAUCUUGCUCAAUUUUACUAAUAACUCAUUUGAAUUCACUCAGGAACCCCAGAAUUCGGACUAUUUAAACUUUUAUUUAAUUAUCCUGUUAGGGUCAACUUCUAUAGUUUUUCUACUAAUCAUUAUUUUAUUGGGUGUCGUGACGUUCAAGCAGGGGAGGAAUAUCGCUGAAGGUUACAACUCUAUAGCCUGUUGCUACAAUCGAAGGAAUUCGAACAUUACUUUGAAACAGCGAUCUGUAACAACGCAUAUGUUGAAUUAUUCCGGGCCCGACAACGCUAAUGGUUAUGGCUACACGGUGUGUAUCACACCGGAAUCAUCUAACAGUGAAUUUAUGUUCCUAAAGCCCUGCCAGUCAACCCUACCUCUCAGAGAAGUGAAUGACCGUGAUCCGAACGCACCAACACUUUUAAACGUCAGCAUCAAAACCAAGCCAGCCAGUCUUGGGAGAGCUAGGGCAUCUUCCGGAGAGGCGUAUGACGUGGAGAACGAAAGCCGAAGCUUCCUCAGUCACAAGAUCAACAGCUAUACCUUUGGCGGCUUCAUCCCAAAUAUUUACAUAAAUUAUGAAAAGACGGUGCCACAGCGUCAUCAGAAGUGGGCCAACUCUCCUUGCAUCAUGAAAAAAAUGGCGGAUGCAUUAACGAGCCGUGCAUCUUUUGUUGUCCUUUUUUGCGCGUCAGCCAUAGUUUCUGGACAGCUUCGGUAUGCCAUACCCGAGGAAAUGAAGCUCGGGGGCUUUGUGGGAAAUAUCGCUGAAGAUGUAAGUCUGAGCGUUUGGGAGCUAACGGUUCGCAAUUUCAGACUGAUUUCCGAUGAAGUGGAACAGUAUCUGCAGGUAAAUGUGGAUAAUGGCAUUUUGUUUGUUCGGAAAAGAAUUGACAGAGAACAGCUAUGCAGACAAAGCCUUAGCUGCUCACUUUCGUUUCAAAUUGUGCUCUAUGAUCCUGAAGAGAUGCACAGUUUCACGGUUGAAAUCCUAGAUAUAAACGAUGAUUCUCCUACCUUUCAAAAUAAUGAAUUCACCUUGCAAAUUAAUGAAUUAAUUGCACCGGGAACGGGCUUCCCUUUAGAGAGCGCAAGUGAUCCUGACGUAGGUACGAAUACAAUCAAUACUUGCCAGAUCAGUCCGAACGAGCACUUCAGUAUUAUAGUGCAGACAAGACGGGGAGGAAGCAAGACUGCCGAGUUGUUAUUACAAAAACCGUUGGACCGCGAGCAGCAGGCAACCUUUCAGCUCAUACUGACUGCCAUUGAUGGUGGGAACGCCAGCCGUUCUGGAACGGCUCGUAUCAUCAUUACUGUGGAGGAUGGGAAUGAUAACGCUCCCGUAUUUGAUCAUGAAAACUACAGCGCAACCUUAGCAGAAAACGUUCCCAAAGGAACGAUGGUGACAGAAAUCAACGCUGUCGAUGUGGAUGAAGGUCGCAACGCUGAAAUCACUUACAGCUUCACAAAUCAUGUUACUCAAAUGAUUCGCCAGUUGUUCAAACUUGAUCCACGUACAGGAUAUGUUAGAGUUGAAGCAUUAAAUUUCGAGAAAUUCCAAUUUUACGAACUUGAUGUACAAGCAACGGAUAAGGGCUUUCCUGCUUUGACAGGGCACGCAAAGGUUAUCGUAACUUUAUUAGACGUUAACGACAAUGCUCCCGCAAUACAUGUGAUCUCAUCUUCAAGAACAGUUCCAGAAAAUGCUCUGCCUGGUACGGUGGUUGCGAGAUUCAGCGUGACAGAUUUAGAUACUGGGGUAAAUGGCCAAGUUCAUUGCCAAAUUUCUAAAGAGAUUCCUUUCUCUCUUCAAAGAUCUUCGAGCAAUGAUUAUAACUUAGUUACAAAUGACGUUUUGAAUCGAGAAGCAACUACAAUAUAUUGCAUCUCGAUAUUUGCCGGGGAUGGUUGUUCGCCUCCACUCUCAACGCAAAAAUCCGUCUUUAUUUCAGUUUCUAAUAUAAAUGACAACAAACCUCAAUUCACACAGUCCACAUAUAACGUGUUUGUGACAGAAAAUAACACAUCCGGAUCUUCGAUAUUUUCUGUUUCCGCAUUAGAUUCUGAUAUUGACCAAAAUGGUGACGUGAUGUAUGCUGUUUUGAACAGUAUAAUCGAUCAGAAUUCUAUAUCCAGGCGUGUUAUGAUUCACUCCAAAAGUGGCAAUAUAUAUGCACUGAUUUCCUUUGAUUAUGAGGAACGGAAGCAUUUCCAAUUCCAAGUUCAAGCUAAGGAUUCUGGAAGUCCACCAAUGAGCAGCACUGCCACCGUAAAUAUUAUUAUUCUGGACCAAAAUGACAAUGCUCCAACCAUUGUUUCUCCUUCGAUAUUGAACGGUUCAAUAUCAGUGGAUACUGCGCCUCAGUCAGUAUCAAGUAAGGUAAUCACCAAGGUAAUCGCUACUGAUGCAGAUACUGGUCAAAACGCAAGACUUUCAUUCCAGUUAUUGGAAGGUACUGAUCCCGGUCUGCUCACUGUGGAUGUCAUCUCUGGGGGAAUCAGAGCUACUCGAAAUUUUAGGGACCAAGAGCUGAUUACAACCAGACUUGUCCUCCUUGUGAAGGACAGUGGACAACCUAGCCUCUGCAGUACAGCUACAAUAAUCUUCUCUAUCCUGCCUAACAGUACGAUACCAUCUUCCAAAAGUUCAGUUGAGAUUCGAGAAUCGAAGAAUAUUUCCAAUCUCAAUUUAUACUUGAUAAUAAUGUUUGGAUCAACUACCUUCCUAUUUCUGGGAAUUAUAAUUUGGCUGGUGAUGUUGAAACUUAAACAAGACGGAAAUAUUAAUAAAGGGUGCAGUUCUGGGUUUUGCUGUUAUAAUCCUCGAAGUUCUGAUAGCACAAGAUCCAAUACAAAUGAAGAUUCAAGUUAUGUCAGAUCUGGUCAGACCGAAGGUUAUUAUUAUACCGUCUGCUUAUCACCAGAAUCUUCUAAAACUGAUUUCUUAUUUCUAAAACCCUAUAAUUCUACUUUACACUUUAAUGAACUGAGUGUCUCAGAGAACAGCGCACGAAAAUAA